UUCAACCUUUCCACUCCCCUGGGCAAAAAGUAAGGUGAACACGCAGCAUUAAUGUCAAUAAUAAGAAAACAAUAUGGAAAGGCAAAUGCUUCUUCACCAUUUUCAUUUUCAAAUUUUAAUCCUAUCACUCCUUCUUCUCCAAUGAAGUUCGGGUUUUCAUCUACUGAUUCCGGCUCUUCCUCGCCGGUUUCUGGCGAUACAGUUCCUGGACUAUCGGCUACAGUUCCUUCGUGGUUGCUCGGAACUAGUUUCGUUUCAACUGAUAACUCUACUUUGCCUUGGUUUUCGAAGGCGAGCUCAUCAACUGUGACUUCGUCAUCUUUAGGACCGACUACUACAAACAAUUGUUUUUCGGAUUCACUAUCAUCAGUCACUUCACCGUCUUCGGUUUCGGAAAUUACUACUACGGUAUCAGCCACUUCAACAUCUUCUCUCUCUGGAAAAACAUCUGUUUCAACUUCUUCACCACCACAAUCAACCGUCUCAGCACCGGGAUUUGUAACUGUCCCUGCUAGUUGUUCCCCCGAGCAGGAUGAGGUUGCUGCAAUUUUGGCAAGACAAUGUGAGAAGCUUCUGUCCCGCCAAGCUCAAGGCAGAGGGCAAAAUGAAAAGCAUGUUGCAGUCGCUCAGCCUUGUGCCUAUGGAGCAACAGAAUUUGAAACUAAAAGCUCAAUCAUGCCUGUCGGUGAUGCUGCUCAUAUACCUGCUGCUACUACUGAACAGAAAUAUGGGGAGUCCAAGCCGUGCAGUAUUCCCAUUAGCAGUGCCCCUUCAAUUUCCACUCCUUCAGUCCCGAUGGACUCAAAGUCAGGCAGCUCAUUGCUUCCAAGCUCGCAGCCUGUUGAGGAGGAGCAACCUUACCUUCCACCUGUCGAUCUUCUGGACUCAACAAUCGAAAUGUGGGAACGGGUUGUCGUGAAUAACAAAACAGAUCAAGAGGUCACUGAAGAGGGGCUUCGUCACUUCUACGAGGGCAUCAACUAUUUUUGUCUUCUGUCAGAACGCCUUCUAGUAGUCACUGACAAGUAUGAUGAGGAGGCAAAAGUGAGGGAUGAAAUGGAAAAGAUGACCUCUUCUUUGAAAGAUAAGUUGGCAAAAGCCAGUCGAAAGCUCGAGGACUCUAAGAAGGAGAAGGAGAGUCUUGAGCAUGAGUUGGCUGGGGCUGCAAACAAGAUAACUGCUCUAACUGGUGAGAAGGACUCCAUUUUACUGGUCCAGACGUUCCUUCACCAGACUAUCUCCGAGCUGAGAAGGGAAUUGGAGGAGGCUGGUCCUGCUGCCAUCCAGAGAUACAAGGCUUCCUCCUUGUACAGACAGGAACUCAUGGAGUAUGCUGCUCCUUACAUGGGAAAUGGGGUGAAGCUGGCCAUAGAGAAGAUCAAGGCUAAAGAUCCCACAUUUGAACCCGAGACCUAUGGCCUUGAGAUGUACAUUCUCCCUCCUGAAGCUGAUGACCAAGAAUUCUCAUCAGAGGAAAGUGAUGGUGGGUGCUAAUCACGAGUAAGCUUGAGAUAUGACUGAAGGAGUAAGUUUUACGAGAUUUUGGUUAUAAAGGUGUUGUUGACGUAAGUGCUGAAGAAAGAAAAGAUCCCCGGAGCUUCGCGUGAAGCUCUUUCUUUUUUACAUAUGCUUAUGCGAAUGCAACUUUUCUGGCUACUCUUUAUCUCUGAACUAGUGUGUUUGGCUGCUCCAUUGAAGUUUUUGGUGGUGUUAAUAGAGUAUGUAUGAAUGUGCUAACAUCAAAACUCUGCAGUAUAUAUAUAAGGUGUUAC